AUAAUGCAAAUCAAUUCCAUUGGACCGUAUCAGUAUGUGUGGCUAAUUUCUUAAAACAAACAUCUUCUAAUGUAUGGGUAUUUUACACACAUGAUGUUGUUAAAUACCCGAUUAAUUCGUUAAGAGAAGUAAUUUGGCGUUAACACGUGUUUUUAUAAUUUUAUUGUUUUAACACCGGUAAAAAGUAAUGUUGUCACUAGUCAAGUUCGUUUAUUUAUUUUUAUUCCAUUGUGGAUUGAAUAAUUUGUAUGGUACAGUUUAUGGACAACCAACAUCAACAUCAUCCCCUUCAAAUCAGAAAUGUGCUGUACCUGCAACAUUCAUAGAUAAAACUGUAUCAUAUAAAUGCAAAGCAGAAGCUGGAAAAGUAUGUCAUAAAAAUGGAGAUAUCGCGGUGCCUCAGUACACUACAGCCGCAUUCGAAUGUAAACCAGGAUACGAGCGUGAAGAUGGGAAAAAAUUCCAGUCUGUUUGUAUCGAUAACGAAUGGCAACCACCCAUCGACAAUUGCAUCAAAAAAUGUGACAAGUUGAAUCCCAUAAGCGUGGAUCUGAGAUGUACUUAUCGAGGUUCUGAGAUCGAAUGUGACGGAAAUCUCCUCCCUGGCACAAAAGUUCGACCCACUUGUAAACCUCUACAUACUCACGAAGGUGCAGCCCCAACUUACGAAGAAAUAACUUGCAAACAGGAUGGAAAGUGGGACCAUGCAUUAUUUUCAUGCAGACCGGAUUGUGGAACCCCAUUUUCAAAUGCUGAACCGUUGAUUGCUUUUGGAGAACCGGAAGAAUAUGGCGAUUCGCCUUGGCAUGUGGCAAUUUAUAAUGAAAAGAAUGUCUUGAUUUGCGGCGGUACGAUUAUAUCUCCGCAUUUAGUGGCGACAGCCGCUCAUUGCUUCUAUAACGAAAAUAAUGCAACGAAAUCUGAUCCCAAACAUUAUGAAAUUAUCGUCAGCAAAGUGACCAGAAAUUACACAACGAAGGAUAAUGGAAUUCAAAAGAAUUACAAGGUGAAAGAAAUCCGUUACAGCAAAAAUGGUUUCGUUGGGAAUCAAAACAACUACGAAAAUAAUAUAGCUUUGCUGAUCUUAAGCGAAGAACUCGUAAUGGGGCCUACAGUGAUGCCUGCUUGUGUCGACUGGUCCGGUACUAAAAAAAUUCCCCCAAUGGAGGGCACUCAGGGAAAAUUUGUAGGAUGGGGAAAAAAUGCAAAUGACACGUGGAGUGAAAUUUUACACACAGCGAGUUUACCUUUCAUUAGCUACGAAAAGUGUUUGAAAUUAUUACCAUCCAGUGUCAAACACUUCCUAACUUCAGAUAGAUUUUGCGCCGGUAGUGAAAAAGGCGCAUCUGUACAACCAGGAGACAGCGGAGGAGGUUUAAUGUUCUUAGAAAAAAAUCAUUAUUUUAUUCGAGGUAUCUUAGCUUUGAAAAUACACGGAUCCUGGACAGCUUUGUUUACUGAUCUGAACAAACAUGUCGAUUGGAUGCUUUCAGUGCGAAACGAGGUCGAGAACGAUGUAAUUAUAAAACAAACUACGGUCGAUUUCAAAACCAAACCGAAAUAAAUUAGUUAAUUUUUUUUUAUUGUUUGUGUUAAAAAAAAAAAAUUAUUAAAAAGGUGUGAUUUUUCA